UUUCCGUCAAAUGCCAGAACUCACAACCUUAAACUCUCAACUCUCAUCACAACACUAGAUCUCUCAUUCCAUUGCUUCUCGAUCUUUCUUCAAUGCUCUUCCUCUUUUCACUCAUUUAAUUUACCGUGCGGUUGCGGUUAAUUAACCAAUCAAUGGCGUCAUUCCGGCGAACCCUUUCGCCGGCGUAUCACGACCGCCAGCACCUCAACGGCGCCGCCCUAUCAGCCUCCUCGUCACCUUCUCACAAGGCUCCAUCAUCCAACACCAAGUACUCAGCUCUUGCGGCGGCGUUCCGGCGGGUGGUCGGUGAUAUCCUCAUGCGGCGGAACAGUCGGAAGGGGCAGUGGCGAAGGGCUGUAUACAGGUGCGUGCUCUGUUUCUUCGUAGGGUUUUUGUUAGGGAUGUUCCCUUUCGGUCAUGUGGUGGUGGAAGAAGAAGACGAAAACAACGUUCCGGUGUCGUUUGAGAUCAAGCCGCCGAACUCCGGCGAGAUGAAGCGGUUUGUGAUUGAUCCGGUUGUGAGUUUGAGCGCUGAGAAGCAGAGCCAGAGUUUGGUGGCGGUUGAGCGGUUCGAUUUCGUGCCGAGGAAGCUGCUGAUUGUGGUCACGCCGACUUACAACCGUGGGUUUCAGUCUUACUUUUUGAAUCGGUUGGGUCAGGUGCUGCGGUUGGUGCCGCCGCCGGUUCUGUGGGUGGUGGUGGAAAUGAAGGCGGCUUCGUUGGAGACUGCGGAGGUGCUGAGGAAAACGGGUGUGAUGUAUAGGCAUUUGGUGUGCCCUGAGAAUUCCACUGAUGUGAAGGACAGAGGGGUUCAUCAGAGGAACACAGCGUUGGAGCACAUUGAACGCCAUAGGCUUGAUGGGAUUGUUUACUUUGCAGAUGAUGAUAAUGUGUAUUCUCUGGACUUGUUUGAGUCACUGAGAGACAUAAGUCGCUUUGGAACUUGGCCCGUCGCCAUGCUUGCACCGAGCAAGAACAAGGCUGUUUUGGAGGGUCCCGUAUGUAAUGCAAGUCAAGUGAUUGGAUGGCAUACAAAUGAGAAAAGUAAGAGGCUUCGCAGAUUUCAUGUGGACAUGUCUGGAUUUGCAUUUAACAGCACAAUCUUGUGGGAUCCAAAGCGAUGGCAACGCCCUACUUCAAACCCUAUAAGACAAUUAGACACCGUGAAGGAGGGUUUUCAAGAGACUAGCUUUAUAGAACAAUUGGUGGAAGAUGAGAGUCAAAUGGAAGCUUCACCUCAUGGUUGUUUGAAAAUAAUGAAUUGGCAUCUCCAUUUGGGUGCUCGUGAUAUAGAUUAUCCAAAGGGCUGGAUGCUUCAGAAAAACCUAGAUGCUGUCAUACCCAUCAAGUAAUCCUGAGUGUGUGAUAGUUUGCCCAUAUUUGGUAUUGGCUCAUCAGUGAAUAGAUGGGUGCAUCAGUUUGCCACCACCAUUGGAACCAGUACAUUAUAUUGCCGGGCAAUACCCGAACAGGUUACUACUGAUGGUUUCCUGAAUUCUCUUGCACAAAUUUGUUUGCAGGGGCAAAUUUUUGGUGUUGUAAAUUAUGCUUGCGUUAUUUCUCUGAUUUAUAGAUAGAAAAGUAGAUAAAAGGCAUGUCUUGUUCGGUUACCAAUGCAGAGGCUAAUUUGAUUGCUACCAAUACUGUUUCUGAUUUAGGCCUUGAAUGAAAAUCUGCGGAAGUUAAUAUACCAAA